AUGAAUGAACUUAAUGACUCAAUCCAAGAGUUCAUCAUCAUCGGCUUUCCGGGGUAUCAAGACAGAAACAGCAGAUUUAUCAUUUUUGGAGUUUUACUGACAGUAUAUGCCUUCAUCUUAUUAGGAAAUCUAUUUAUAAUUGUUAUUGUCUUAAUUGACAGGGACCUGCACACUCCUAUGUAUAUUUUAAUGUCCAAUCUUGCUCUAGUAGAUGUAGUCAUUACAACCAGUACCAUUCCCAAACUGCUAGCUGUCCUUGGCACUGGUGCAAGUGGAAUAUCUAUUGCAGGGUGUUUCAUCCAGACACUUUUCUGUGGAUCUGUCACUGCUGUGGAGUCGUUUCUUCUUGCAAUCAUGGCCUAUGACAGGUAUCUGGCUAUUUGUAAGCCACUCCAUUAUUACACUAUUACAAACAACAGUGUGGUCUUCAAACAAGUAGUCUGUUGUUGGGUGGGUGGGUUCAUAGCUCUAACCAUUCCACUCAGUUUAACUUUCAGGUUACAGUUUUGUGGAUCCAACAAGCUCCUCCAUUUCUUUUGUGACCAUUCUGCAAUGUUAAAGUUAUCCUGCACUGAUACGACCAUCAACAGCUAUUUAAGUUUAAGUAUAGGAAUGUGUGUCCUGAUAGGCUCCAUGCUGUACAUCCUGUUUUCAUAUGCAAAGAUCAUUAUGUCAGUCCUGAAAGUCACAGGCAACGAAGGAGGCCGAGUCCCAGGCAGUUCUCUUGAUAUUCGUGUCAUAGCAGCACUCAUUCAGAAUGUGACUCCGCCAUUAAUGAAUCCAGUCAUUUAUUGUUUGAGGACAAAAGAGAUUAAGAUCAGCUUUGUGAGACUGCUGAAAAGGAUCGACAUAUUACCCAACGGAAAUUGA